CAAGAGAAAUGCUGGGUUUGAACCGGACUGCCAGCCUCAGACCUGCCCGGGUUCAGCCGGGAGUCGGACCCUCAUCAUCCCGACCUGCAUGUCACAACCCGGGUACCAGCUCCAGGAUUUAUUGCGCGUGUCUGUUGCUGCUGCUGCUCGUCACGCCUCGGGUGGACUCGUCAUGGUGGUACAUCGGCGCUCUAGGAGCUCGCGUAAUCUGCGACAACAUCCCUGGCCUGGUGAACAAGCAGCGGCAGCUCUGCCAGCGCCACCCAGACAUCAUGCAGGCCAUUGGCGAGGGCACCAAAGAAUGGAUCAGAGAGUGCCAGCACCAGUUCAGACACCAUCGAUGGAACUGCAGCACGCUGGAUCGUGACCACACGGUCUUUGGACGUGUCUUGCUUCGAAGCAGUCGGGAAGCAGCGUUUGUCUAUGCCAUCUCCUCAGCGGGAGUCGUGUACGCUCUAACUCGUGCCUGCAGCCAGGGGGAGCUGAAGAUGUGCAACUGUGAUCCUCACAAACGUGGACGAGCUCGCGAUACAAGAGGCGAGUUUGAUUGGGGCGGCUGCAGUGAUAACAUCAACUAUGGAAUAAAGUUUGCCAAAGCCUUCAUAGAUGCCAAAGAGAGAACUGUCCGAGAUGCUCGGGCCCUCACGAACCUCCACAACAAUCGCUGUGGCAGAACAGCUGUGAAGCGCUUCAUGAAGCUGGAGUGUAAAUGUCACGGCGUGAGCGGUUCUUGCACUUUGCGGACAUGUUGGAUGGCCAUGGCCGACUUCAGGAAGACUGGUGACUACCUGAGGAGGAAGUACAAUGGGGCAGUCGAGGUGACAAUGAAUCAGGAUGGGACAGGUUUCACUGUAGCCAACAAAGCCUUCAGGAAAGCCACCAAGAACGACCUAGUCUACUUUGAGAACUCUCCGGACUACUGCCUCCAAGACAAAGCAGCAGGGUCCCUGGGCACCGCUGGACGGAUCUGCAAUAAGACAUCCCGUGGCACCGACGGCUGCGAGGUCAUGUGCUGCGGGCGUGGCUAUGACACCACUCGAGUCAAGCAAAUCACCAAGUGCGAGUGCAAGUUCAAAUGGUGCUGUGCCGUGGAGUGUAAGGACUGCGAGGAGGCUGUGGACAUACACACAUGCAAAGCUCCUAAACGAGCAGAGUGGCUGGAUCAGACCUGAGGACAGGCACAGCCCUUCUUGCUCCCUGUAAAGC